ACGCAGGCUUUCCCCCGGGUCAUGGCAGCCCUUUGGGGGAGCACCUCCGACCGAGAGUAUCCGCGGUGAUGUGAAACACCCUCUUCGUUUGCUGCCGCGGUUUUGUAACUGCAACUGGCGAAUACCGCAGGCUCACACCCGCCCUGCCCGGGACCGAGGGUGACUACAAGCCCCAAGCUGCCGCGGGCCGCCGCGGGGCGGUGCCGAGUACCGUGCCCGGGCUGCUGCCCGCCCCGCCUCUGCGCACAGCAUGGCCGGCUUCGCCGACCUGAACCUCCCGCAGGGGCUGGACAAGAAGUCCCUGCAGGGCCUGCUGGAGGCCGCAGCGCACCUGGGAUAUUCUGCAGUUGCUCUUAAUCAUGUCGUUGAUUUUAAAGAAAAGAAACAGGAAAUUGUCAAGCCAGUAUCUCCUUCAGAGUUGUUUCCAUCUUUGCCUAUUGUACAAGGGACAUCUAAAAGAAUUAAAGUCUUAACCCGGCUAACACUUAUUGUUUCCGAUCCUUCCCACUGUAAUCUCUUGAGAUCAACAUCUGCAAAUAUAAGGUUAUAUGACAUCAUAGCAGUAUUUCCAAAGACUGAGAAACUGUUCCAUAUCGCUUGCACAACUCUAGAUGUGGAUCUGGUAUGCAUAAAUGUUACAGAAAAGCUGCCAUUCUACUUCCGAAGGCCCCCUGUGAAUAUGGCAAUAGAUCGAGGCAUUUACUUUGAACUUCUUUACACGCAUGCCAUCAAAGACUCCACAAUGAGAAGAUACACAAUUUCAAAUGCAAUCAGCCUGAUGCAGAUCUGCAAAGGAAAGAACAUUGUUAUAUCUAGUGCAGCUGAAAGGCCUCUAGAACUACGAGGUCCUUAUGACGUGGCUAAUCUAGGUUUGCUGUUUGGCCUGUCAGAAAGCGAAGCCAAGGCAGCUGUGUCUACCAACUGCAGAGCCACCAUGCUUCAUGGAGAAACUCGGAAGAGUGCCUGCGGGGUGGUGUACACGGUGAAGAAGCCUCGCAAGGUUGAGGAGGAAGAAGCAACACUGCCAGCCUGCAAAAAAGCUAAGACUCAAGCUUGAGGACUGAACCAAUUGUCAACAGGAGCCUCCAUCCCAUGUUUACCCAGUGUUGAGUCUUCUCCCACCCUCCAGCCAGCCUGGAGAAGAAUUAUUCUUCUGGUGUUCAAGUGAGGAAGGCUGUGGGAAUGAGACUGCUGAGUGGUAGUUCACCACAUCUGAAAGGUCAUGGCUGGGUUUCUGGCCAAGGUCCAGAGACCAUCUCUCCACCGUCUCCUAGGUCUUCUGCAGUUAGUGCAAACUCAACACAACGUUUCUAACAGGGAAAUUUUCAGUUGUACAAGUGCAUGCCUUUUUUAUUAAAUAUGUUUCUAAGAACACAUGCUUUCAAAGUGUAGUUCUUAUGGUUUCUCAAGUUUUAAACACGUCUCUCUAGUAAACCUUACAAUCGUAAGCCAGUAGAUGAAGUUUACCUUCAGUGGCCUGUGAAGAGUAAUGGUGCAGUAAAAAAAAAAUCUGCUUCCCAUUCUGUUUUGUGAUCAAUGGCUAUAAAGAAGAUCCCAGCAUCUGUCACUUGCUGGGAGAUAUCUUGGAUUUGUGUUACAGUAGGACUGACUGACCUCACCUGCUAGACACACAUCCCAAAGCCAUCCCUGUCCUGCAGCUCUUAAGACCAAACAGUAACGUGAGAUGGUUACCACAGAUGGGAAGGAAGAGCCCAAGGUUACACUGAAUGUGCGCUCAGCGUGGCAUGUUGCAGUCACAGCAUAACAGCUGUCUCACCUUGGCCUGAGCAGUCUCCACGUCACAUCAUUUUUACUGCAUCAUUUCCUCCUUUAUGUCCUCGUCUGGCAGUGUUGCCUAUGAGAGUGUUCAUUUUGCUGCCUCCUGCCUUUCCGUUUUCCUUCCUGUUAAUGCCUCAGUAAACCUAAUCUGGCUGCCAAAAAAGCAAUCAUAACAGAUUUAUAAUCAGAGCAUUUUCAGAGCUCUUCCAAAUGUUGACUGAAGUUUUUUCUUUUGAUUAAACCAAUAUAAAAAUUAUGUAAGCUACUGUACUCAAGAUACUCUUGAGCCAGCUUUAUUGUGAAUAUUCUAGUUUUCUAUUUGCGUUUUACAACAAGUUGAAAAGUGGAAGUUAAAGCACUAAAAUAUUGCAGAGGUCUCGUGGUGAGCUCUUAGUAACUGGGCUGAGCAGAAUGGAUGAAGUUCUCAGUAGACUAACAGUUCUGUGUAAUGCUGGUGUAAGUCACAACAGCUUUUGCUUUAUUUAACAAAUAAUGAAAUAUUUUUCCCUUAUGUUAUUAGUUGUUGACUAUUGAUUUGAGUCUGUUUUAUUAUAGAUAUUGGGAUGUUAUAUAUAUUUAUAUAUACGCAAUAUUUUAUCAUUUAUGGACUUACCUCCGAAAUGAUGCUCUAACCAGCGAAGAAGCAGAAAUGUGUUUGUCUGAAUGACACAUUAUCUUGCCUUGGCCAGAGAGCAACCUACCUCUAGCAUGAGAGAAGUUGUUUGGUAAUUAGCAUAUGGGAGAAGGCUUUUGAAUGCUAGAGAUCCUUCUUGCUACUUGUUUAACAUGAGUUAAAAAAUUUUUACAGUCUGCAUCUUUGUCCUUUAAAUAGAUAGAGUGCUUCAGAAACUGAUUGAAAAGUUUCUUCUCCCCAUUUCCUGAAGCAUGUUGUUCUGGCCACUUUCGUGCCUGAACAAUUGAACUGCUUCUCGGUUAGGAUGAUAAACAGAGUUAGCCAGCACUGAUGUCAUUUCUGUUUCCUGCAAGGCAUGCUCCUGCUGUCUGGGUAAUUGUGCAGAAACAAGUAGUGAAGUAGUGGCUUGCAGAGAAGGGCAGCGAACGGAGGUGCGCUGUAAUUUUUACAGAGAAGAGUGUGUCCACAGAUAAAGCCUGCGGCUGGCAAGGUGACACUCACAAGUUGCGGUGCUUGUGUGAGAAAAGUCUCAUCUGUCUAAAGCUGUUGGCCUCGGCCUAGGUUAGCUGGCCGCAGACAGAACAGGCAUUUCUUCUGCUCCCUCGUCUGGGGUUUCUGAAAAUUCACUUAGUCUCCAAAAUUGGCACUCCAGUAACAACUAUUCAUCGCUGCCCACUCCUGACCCCACCUCAUUGCCCAGGACAUGGUUUUGGCCAGACUAAAGCCUGCUGGUUAGAAUCCAACCGGCAGGGGUUGAUGAAGGUGUGUGGGAGCCCGUGGUGUAUUUCUUUGGGAGGCCACGCCGUGGGGCGUUAGGAUUUUAACUGAAUGCAGCAUGUCACAUCCCAGUGCAAGUGGAUGUUGGUGCUCCUGCUGGCGGUACUGGUAAGGUUUUCCUGCUUCUGCUAAAGCGAAGGGAGGGGUGCCUGCCUUUCCUGGUAGGAAUCCUGGCUUCCUUGGCAUGGGCAACUGAAGAUGUCUUAUGUGUUCCACAUAGUAAGUACUGACUUGCUGAGAAACAG